UUGUGUUGUCGGCGUUUGUUAUGAUCGAUUAUAAGAAUUUGAUUUUAUUGAUGUAUUAAGUGUGCUGCAAUAAUUCGUAUUAUAGUAUUACAUAUGGUUUUUUGUUUACGCUAAAAUAUGUGUUUGUCAUAUUGUCGAAUUUAAAAGCCGGCGAAGGAAAACAAAAAUAAAUCUGGCAAUGAUACCCACUGACGAUUCUAGCUGCAACCCGGUUCAUUUUGUCACUCAGGAUGGCUGCAAGUCUUCGACUCUCUGCCAUCAUGCAGAUUCAGGAGAGACCAACACCGUCUUUCAGGAGCCGGUCACCACGGCAUCAGAGUAUGCCUGCAGUAGCUUCGACAUAGUCAAAGCCACUCAGUACGGCUCGUUGUCACGAUGCCGUGAACUCCUGGAGGCGGGCCACGACGUCAACCAGCCUGAUGCGGAGACGGUGACGCUGCUGCAUUGGGCGGCCAUCAACAACCGCCUGGAGAUCAUGCGCUACUUCAUCUCGAAGGGUGCUGUGGUGGACGCCAUUGGCGGGGAGCUCAUGUCAACGCCCCUGCACUGGGCCACUCGGCAAGGGCACCUGGGCGCAGUGACGCUCCUGAUGCAGCACGGGGCGGACCCCUCGCUGAGGGACGGCGAGGGCUGCUCCUGCAUCCACCUGGCCGCGCAGUUCGGACACACGGCCAUCGUGGCCUACUUCGUGGCCAAGGGGGUCAACGUCAACAUGCAGGACCGCAACGGCAUGACCCCGCUCAUGUGGAGCGCCUACAAAGUCACCAGUCUGGACCCGACGCGUCUGCUGCUGACAUUUGGAGCGUGCACGACGGCACAGGACAGGACCCACGGCAACACGGCACUGCACUGGGCCGUGCUGGCGCAGAACCACACUGCUGUGUCAACACUCGUCGCCCACGGUGCCAGCCUCGACAUACCCAACCACCAGGGAGAGACGCCAUUCAGUCUGCUGCAGUCACAGAAGUCGGCCAUGUGGCUGGGCAAGAAGGUGCUGGACAAGGUGUACGAGAUGUCUGCCGCCAAGAGACGCAACCCUUGCUACAGGAUAACACGAGAUAAGUGUGGUGCUGUGGUGCAGAGGCUGCGGUACUGGUGCAUGGUGGCAACGCCCUUCCUGGCCUUCUAUGCCAUCGGCAUAGUGCUGCAGUCCGACCUGCUGUACCUGGUGAAGUUCGGACUGCUGGUGGCUGGCUACCUGCUGGUCUACCUCCUCAGCCAGGUGCUGUUCGAUGACCGCCUCAUGAACCUGCUGCCCAUGUCCAUCUAUCUGGCCACCAAAUUCUGGAUGUACGUGACGUGGUUCGUGUGGAUCAUGCCGCAUGUGGACCUGUGGCUGACGGGGGCCUUCGUCGCCUGCUCCCUGCUGCUGUGGUACAACUUCGUGCGUGCGUGGCGGGGCGAUCCGGGCGUGCUGACCGCCACGCAGGAGCAGAAGUACAGGACCAUCAUCGAGCUGGCGGAGCGUGGCGGCUUCGAGCCCCAGUGGUUCUGCAGCUCGUGUCUCGUGAGGCGGCCAAUCAGGUCCAAGCACUGCUCCGUGUGCAACCGCUGCGUGGCCCGCUUCGACCACCACUGUCCCUGGGUCGGCAACUGCAUAGGAGCCAAGAACCACCGCUACUUCAUGGGCUACCUGGUGAUGCUGCUGCUGAUGUGUGUGUUCCUGCUGUACGGCUGCGUGCUGUUCUGGGGCUCCGCCUGCCAGCUCCGCUUCUCCUACAGCUUCACGGCAGUGGUGGCGAUCAUGGCUCAGUGUGACGCGUGGGUUGCCUGGAUCGCUGCCAACGCCUUGCUGCACUCUGCGUGGGUGGCAACCCUGUUCUCCUGCCAGGUCUACCAGAUAGCGUGUCUGGGGAUGACGACCAACGAGCGAAUGAACAGUGGCCGCUACAAGCACUUCCAGACACCGGGCCGGCGCGGCGGAGUGGAGACGCGCAGUCCCUUCCACCGCGGCGUGUGCCAGAACCUGGUUGACUUCGCCCAGCUGCGCUGCUGUGGGCUGCUCAAGCCGGACCCCACGGACUGGCUGAGUCGCUACGAGGUUGUGCAGUCGGUGGAGGAGGUGCCUCUUCUCGCGGCCAAGGAGAACUACCAGUACGUGUGAGCCGUCGCCGCUUCUAGUCCCUUCUCUCUUUCCCGGCUUCGUAGUUUUGCUAGCAACUCCUUUACUAUUAGUUAUGUUUAUAUCAUCGAUACACAGCAGAAAGCUUUGCUGUAGCACAAGACUUAAUUAGUUAAAUGUACCUGAAUCAAAAAUGAUUUAUUUGAGAGGAACUUUCAAAUGCUAUCACACACGUUUACUAGGUAGUUUCUCUACAGUUUUUAUUGGUUACUGUGUUAUGAUAUAUUUAAGGUUAGAGUAAUAUUGGAUUUCAUAUCUUUUUACAUUCGUGCAAUACUUGCCACAAUAAUUUGUAUUUUGUAAAAAAAGUUUAUUGGACACUUUUCAAUCAUACUCUUUUCGCUAUCAGAUUUCGUUUCAAGAUCUCUACAAUAACUAUUAGUUUUGCUAUAUUUAUUUACAGUUAUUUGUUGACUAAAAUAUUGAAAAGUGCACCUUAAUUUUCAGAACUAAAAAUUUAGCAACAAAAACUAAAUCUUUUACUCAGAUAUAUAAUUAAAUUAUAAUAAUUGUUCUGAAAACGUGCUUGUUCAGUGAAAUAUUGUAUUUACCUGAAUACUGGCAAGGUUCAUUUGCUGUCUCUUUACUGAAAAAAAAAAAGGCAUUUUAUUUCAUUUUUUCCUUGUUACAAAGGGCCUCUACUUUGAGUGAAAAUUUAUUAGCCUUUUUUGCAUCACUUUGGUUGCACAUUCAAUAACUUCAAUGCUAAGAAACAUUUUUCAGCUGUUGUCUAGAGCUGAAACUCAGUGACACAAAAGACCUCCUGUCAAUCAUCUUGCAAUGUUCAUAAGUUUCAUGUGAGGUUCAUGUGAUGGCUUCUGACAGGGUUGAUUGGCUUGUUAACUGUUGAGGCGUUAAAUGUCGACCUUAAUCAGAAGUUGCACUCACAGCAGCCAAAACCAAAAUAUGCGUAGAAUGAAAUUAAAGUAAUCUAUGUAAGGCAUCUAAAAGGAAAGACUUAAAAUAUGAUAGACCAUUAUUUAAUUACUCUGAGACAAAUUGAUUCACAAAUAACAUCACCAGCAUGUGUUGAAUUUGGGUCACUAAAGUUUAAAAUUACAAAGUGAUGCAGCAUAUAUAUGUAACAUAAAAUUUAUAGAAAAAAACUGGUAUGCUAGGUUGAUUAAUGCCGUACCUUUUAUUAUAUAAAAUGUUUGGUGCAUACUAGCAAAAAUAUAAAAUUUUAAAUUUACAAUCAAGGCCCCAAAAAAGACAAAUACCAAAAAUUUACAAUAAAAGGCAAAGAUAAACAAAUGCAAUGAAAGUCAUUGAAGUCCACAUUACACCUACAACUGUCCUCGCGUGUAUACAUUUAACCUACACAUAUUAGCAACAAGGCCUAAGAUUACUAAAAAUCAGUAAAAUUUAAAAAAAAUUUUUUUUGUAGCUGAAAGACUCGUGAACCAUGAAUAAGUUCAUCAUGACGGACAUCGAUAAUAAUGACUAAGAGUUUUAAAUACGUCUUAAGCCACAAGACUAUUUCUCGCAAAAGUAAGUCUAUAAUAAUUCACUUUUAGUGCGCAUCAAAAACACACUAACAUACAUUUAGCUCGCCAAUAUGUCCACAUGGAAAACGAGAAAACGUCUCCACACUCCUGCAUAACUCGGACACAAAGCACAGCUAUUUCGCGACCCAAACUUCUUGGUCAAUCCCAAAGUCAAUUACAUGUUCUCAGAAUGUUCGCUGAGGUUAGAGAUUAGUGAAUGUAACUACCUUAAGACAAACUAUAUUGACUGCUGUAGCUUAAAAAUUUUUAAAGAGUCCCAGUCAGUUGCUUCUAUAAAAAUUGGCACACACAUUACUAAACUUGUGCGGGUAGAGAGGUGCAGUUUUUUCAUAGAAUGUUACAGUUGAAAGUGUUGGAAUUCUCACACAAAAACAAUAAUUUUUUUUAACCAAUGUUGCAUCAUAAAAACCUGUCGAGAUAGACGUGAAGAUUGUGUAAGGUGCCAGUCUAUGGGCAUUACAGUAUGACCAAGGAGGGAGGAACCAUCAGCACUGCUACAUGACCACAUGCACUUACACUCACACACGUACACUCACAAACACACACACACAAACUGUGGCUAGUUUAUUUUUAUAUUUUCACCAUCUUCAGUCAGCCAUGUCACUUAUCAGUGCCAGCCCAGCUGAUCGACCUGCGGCCAGCAGGCGACAGACGUAGCAUAACGGCACAGUUUAAUGUACUUCUCGUGCACUGCCGAGAUGUACCGUAUAUACUCGUGUAUAGCGCGCCCUUUUUUCCCCUCAAGUAAAGGAAAAAAAUAAGGAUGCGCGCUAUACACGGAAAAAAAAAAAUUUGUGGGGGGGGGGGGGGGAGGCGGGGAGGAGUGGAAGUCGUUAACUGCCGGGUGACGGGUGAUGUUUCUGGCCAGCCCCCACACAUACGCACAAGCAACAAGGCCUCUCUUUCACACACACACGCACGCACACAACCUGGUCUCUCUCUCUCUCACACACACACACACACACACACACACACACAUGCGCGCGCAAGCACGCAGGUCUCUUGUUUAUUUUUAGACCUCCCCCUCUACAGCUUGUAAAAUAAAAGAGAGAGAGAGAGAGAGAAAAUGUUGACACCAGUCCCCCCCUACCACUUCCUUCGCUUCGUCGCAGCUGCUACAGGUGAGUCAUCUACUCCGUGUCACAUUCCUGCCUGCCUCCCUUCCUCCCGCCCACGUACCAGUUGUGACGAUACAGCGCUUCAUUAUCUUUCGUCUACACAGCAGAGUUUAAGUAUUUUCCUGACGCAUCACCACACAUCAAUUUAAAUAAUCAGGUACCACAAAAUGUUAGUAAAAUUUAUUUAUGGGAAAAAAAAUUUCAAAUUUUUUUUUCUUUGGAAUUUGUUGCAAAAAUCGUGGUGCGCGCUAUACACGAGGGUGCGCUAUACACGAGUAAAUACGGUACUUACUCGUGUGUUUAUGUGUCACUAGCGACAAAUCAUAUAUAUGUAGUAAAGUGAAAAGUUAAUUUAAAUAUUUUAGUUUUGUUCCAAUUUUCUUUUGUGUUAGAUUAAUUUUUCUAAUCACUAUUACCAAAUUAAUUUGUUCUAAAAUUGGUUUGCAUGGUUGAGUUAUUUUCAAAGAAAGUAUUAAGGCAAGAAACCAACAAGCAUCACAGUGUUUUACUGUUUUUUUUUGAAAGGAUGAUCAGUAUUAGAUCAACAAGCUGUGGGUAUCGGUAUGAUCCACAAAUUCGUUGAUCGGCCCAGCUCUCCUUAGAACUAGAACUAUUCCAAUUAUUAAAUGGUUGAUAAAUAAAGGUAACUAUAAUUUCAGAUGCAUAUAUUUUGGAGCCCCUAUUAAAAAUUCAAAAUACAAAUCAAAACUUUAGUAUUGUUCUAUAGAAGGAGAAUCAACCCGUUUUGAUUCUAAAACCAUUGGAAUCUAAAUCUUUGAUACUAUUGAAAUAUAAUACUAAUAAGAACCUCAGCCUCUGUUCAGGUAAUAAUGGCACCUUAUGUGUUUGUUACCAAUCUUAGACUUGACUAAUGUAUUAUAACUUUUUUAAGGCUGUGUUUAAUUUUUAACAUUCUGUAAAGGCAGUGUUGUUAACUAUGGUGACUCUUUUAUUUUGAAGUACUAUAUACGUUAUUGUAAUAAACAUUGUAGGUAGCAACUGUAUUUUAUUUGUUGGUUCUCUGAACCUCUGAAAUUCAAAACUUAGGCAUGUGCAUUCCUAGAAAAAAUAGGAUGAAAAUAAUUUAUGACAACGUAUGAGUUGACUCAUCUAUGAUAGUUAUCAACCCUCAUCAUUGAUUAGAUAUAGUAAACUCUUGACUAAUUGAGGAUCCUAGUACCAUAAAUAAUUUAUAAUCUUAAUGAUUAACUAGUUAAACUUAUGUGCAUGCAUAAGUUUACUAUAAAGCUUUUAAACUGGCACUGUUAAUAGUUUCAUGCUAGUUUUCCAUUGGGUCUUGUAAAGAAGUUAGACUAUUCUAAUGUAAAAGUUAUUUCAGCAGUGGAUGUUUUCAUACAAAAAUAUAAUGAUCAUUAGAGUUCAUCAAAAUAUUAUAAUUUUAUCAUAACUGAAAGCUAAGCGUGAUUAUUUCUAAUGUCCAAAAUCAUUCAGAAAAAAAAAUUACAUACAUACACACCCAGUCUACCAUAUUAAAUAAAUGGGAUUAUUAAGAUUGUAAACACUCUUACAUCUUACCGUAUUUAUCUGCAUAAGGGUGGCCCCUGCGUAUGGGUCGUACCUUUAAUUUUGCACAUAAAAAUCUAACAUUUUCACCAUAAGGGUUGCCAUCGAAUAAGAGUCACACCAUAUAUCUACCUUCACUCGAGUUCAAUGGAUACAAGUGUAAGUCUUUGUGUUCGGUGUCUCAUUUAUUGGUGCCUAAGAAAUAUCGCACUGGUGUUGAUCCUCUGUUUUCUUUGUCUGUGUACUAUAUUUACUACUAGAUGACCCGGUGAACUUCGUACCACCUAAAAUUUAUUUGAUUGUAACUCUUCAAAAGAUAUUAAUUUUUAUCACCCUUCCAACUCCAAUUCAUUGAGAUCAAUCAUAUAAGUCGCAUCGUGUACAGCUUGAGUUUUGAUUGGUUAUUAAAUAAAACUCGUUUGUAAUUCAUAUGAAUGCAAUGUUUUUAUUUUACAUGAAAGAUAAAUGCAGUUAACAUUCAAUGCAAAGCUUUCUGGUAAACUACGUUUUUCGUUUUGUUUUCCGGCGCGUAAAUAAACAAAGAUGAUGGCUUUCCGACACGCCAACACGCAACAUACAGUUAUCUAUGUGCGAAACACGGAAACACCAAGUUAAUUCCGCAAACUUCCAACGACUGGCCUUGAGAUUUGUUUAUGGUCAUCGCGAAGGCCAGACGCACAGGGAAUUGAAGUCGUUUAAAAUUGAAUGGCAUGUCCGUUGGAAUCAUCGGGAUGCGCGGAAUCAAAACAUCCUCUCCUUUGUACUUUCCCGUGAUAAUAGUCGCCUCUAUGACGUUAUUCAUAAGCUUUUUAACAGUCAGUCUCGUUCCAUUGCAUAGUCGAGGUUGAUUGAUGUUACGUAACAUGAUGAUGACUGAGCCUACUUUCAAUUACAAAUUGUGAGGUGGUAAUCCAGGCAAUUCUAGGGAAUUCAAAAAUUUUGUCGGAUAGUUGACUAUCUCAUCCUGGUUGAUAACUGUGUCAACCCAUUUUAACUGUCCCGGAAGGAAAUUUUGAAUGGACGCAUUAAGAUCAUCGACAUCUUUGUUUUUCGCUGCCAAUAUAGCUCGUUCGCGCAGCCAAUUAUGGUUUUUGAAGUUCUGUGCUACGUUCGUAAACACACGCCGAAUGAGCUCCUCCUUCGAUUCGGUCAACUGACAGAAAUCAGUGGGAAAUGUGACUAAUCCAGUCGAGAUGUCAACUGCAAUUUUCCCAUUACCAAUGUCCAACAAUUGCUACGAAAACACAUCUGUAUUUCGAUCUUGUUGCAAAAACACUCACAUGUUAGUCGUCAAUCGGAGUGUCUUCACGUGUCGCCACAAAUUUGAUGAUUUUAAGCAUGCGUUCAGUUCGUCAGAAGCAGUUGAUCGUGGAAUAACUGGAAGAGUCUGACGAAAAUCACCGGACAACAGAAUCAUGGCUCCACCAAAAAUGUUUCGAUUGUCACGAAGAUCUUUCAACGUUCUGUCCAGCACUUCCAGUGACCUCUUGUGGGCCAUCGUACAUUCGUCCCAAACAAUCAAUUUGCAUAUCUGUAGAAUCUUCGCCAUUGCGCUGUUUUUGACGAAGUUGCAAGCUGGUGUCUCGUUGAUUUGCAUGUUCAGCGGCAAUUUAAAGGCAGAAUGUGCAGUUCGUCCACCUUCUAACAAAGUCGCUGCUAUUCCAGAUGAAGCCAAUGCUAGGACAACUUCAUUCUGCGAUUGAAUCCUUGCCAAAAGCAAUGAAAUUAAGAACAUUUUCCCAGUACCUCCGGGAGCAUCCAGGAAGAAAAUUCCACCAGUUCCAUUGUUCACAGCUUCUAUCAAAGAGUUGUAUACAGUCUUUUGUUGUUCAUUCAAUUGCGAAACAUUUGUACGAACUGCUUCGGCUAAUGCUUCGGUGUCGUAUUGUUGUUCUCUUUGUAACUCGUGGUUAAAUACAUCUUGCAUUGGGCGAUUGGGUGAUAUCAUCCCCAAAUAUGACAACAUUUCACUCGCCAUCAAUAAACACAUGUCUUCUAUCAUGAUCAAUGUCUCAUUGUGAAUUUCUGCAGUCAUUUGCAAUGUCGGAUUUAAAGUUUGGUGACGCACACAAUGCAAAACAUCUUCAGACAUGUCGUCUGUAUAUUUGACCCACAAAUCGUUCAGAUUUUAAGGGAAACAUUUGGAUAUGAUAAUCGCAAACCAUGUGCGAAUUUGAUGAGGUGAUGAAGAUAUGACAGAAUCUUUGAGCGUAUUAUCCCAAUGCGAAUCGUUCUUAAGCAACUGUAAGAGUUGACACGCCGCACGGUAAGUUGCACACAGAUGCCCAUUAACAGUUCUUAGUUGUUGAAACGACGUCGGACCACGAACAUUCACCAACAACAAUCGAAGAUAGUAACAUUCGUCAUUAUUUGGAUGCACAGUAUAUAUGCGACCCAGAGCAUCUAAGGCAAAUACAUUUGGAUGACCUUCAACUGGUGUUCCUUGUUUCCGAUGCUGAAAUGAUUUCGAUGAUGUGUUCCAUGUGUAGUAGCGUGGCAUUUCAGCAUACAGCAAAGUGCGAGCGAAAGCAUGUACUUUACAAAACCAAGAAGAAGCUUGUCAAUGUUUUCGACGGUGGCCACUCUGUCUGCUGCGUUCUCUGGAUUGAAAUACACUCGUCCGUUUUCCAGAUGUACUGCCAAAUGUACAACUGUGGGUUGUCUUUCUUGGAUCGCAAAGGAAAAGAUGCGCCAAAUCGCCUCGUUGCUGCUGACAUAGCGACCCAUCUGAUACUGAUAUACUUCGUCGUUUGCAUUUGUGACAGUGAAUAGAGCCAUACCGCUGCCUUUAUUCACAUAUUUGCAUAUGUAAUUGGUCGGCUUGACGGAGUUACAGUAUUCCACAUUGAUGUGAGCCUCAAAAGCCUUGGACAAUAUAGGCGAAUACGGCACAAUCCAACGAUUGUCCACUUUAACAUCUUGCCCUUUGACCUUCACAACUGCAAAUCGCCCAUUGUCGGCAACUGAUCGCCGACGAUACAGUGGGUAUCCGUCAUUGCCUGUGAUAGUGUCAGCAAUCAGGUCUCUCGGGUAUUGCUUGGAACACUUACCAUCGAUCAUACAGGGCGAGUCGUUGUUGAAAACUUCGCAAGGUCCAUGGAUCAUAUCCUUAGUCACCACUGCAUGAAAUUUCGGAUCAACAGCUUCAUCCGGGGUUUCGGCUGAGAUGAUUGAAUCGAUUUCAUUGGCAUGAUUUUUUCUACAAACCAAACCAAAAUGUGCGCAUGAGGCAGACCACGCUUUUGCCAUUCAACGGAGUACAUCCAGCAGCAAACUUGACCAUACACACGGUUCUUUAUGAUGAAAUCCAUCAGAGAUUUUAAUUUUUGUUUAAAAACUCUGGCAGUAAUGUCAUGUCUGUCAACUGAAGUUUGGAUAGGUAGCAGUUCAUUCUUGAUUUUGAUCCACUGGGGAUUACAGGUGAAUGUUAUAAAUAGGUCUGGGCGGCCAUAUUGUCUAACAUACAAUAUCGCAUCUUGUGCGUAUUUGUGCGUGUGGCGUGGGCUUCCAAUGUAAGUAGCCGGCAAAAUUGUCAUUCUUCCUUUGUUGUUUGCAUCGCGGAGAUGAAUGUUUUCUUCGGAUCGGAGCUGCUUUUGGUUCAAACGAAUAUAUGUCAAUCGCUCAGUCUCAAUUUUGACAUACAUGUCAACUGCGAACUGGUGGAAAAGACUGCGACACUUCAAAAUGUGAUUUAUUUUGCCUUCACGAAUCAUAAGUCUGUAUGAAUAAAAAUUCAUAGCACUUACUUUUUUAUUGGUUUCAGCACCUGUUAGUUGAUUAACCAUUUUUAUGUUGAAAUGGUAUCCGUCCUCGCCCUGCCAAAAGAUCAAUGGAUAUUGUAGCGCAUCGUGUCCGUUGUGUUUCGGACACGCGUUUCAAUUCAUUGUUCCGACGAUGAAGCAUGAUAUCUAUAGAUUGCACAUUUUAUCCGACAAUAACAACAGCCACUUCGUCGAUUGUCGGCGAAUUGAACCUUCUUGCGUGUUCACCCAAAGGCAUUCUGUCAGCCCUGAUUACGAUAUUAUGGCUGUUGGACGGCAUCCGAUCCAAUGCAAUUUUGAACAAUUUGAUCAAUUCGUUGUUCUGAUGAAGAAACGUUUGCAAUUCUCUGACAAUUACUUGCUUAAUUAUCGGAUUGUGAGCAUAACGCUGAUAAACUUCCGCAUUCAAAUUUCCCAUAAAAUAAAUUUGUAAGAAUUGAUGGUCCACAUCCGGUGGCGGUAAUAGCGCUCCUACUGAAUGAAAUAUUUGCCCUUGAAUCUGGAAAGUGGGCAUGAAAUUGUCUCGUACAAUGUGUGUUGCGCCAAAAGAUGUCAUUUGAAAACAACUAUUGUAUUUUUGGAUGUUGGCCAGAAAAUGGUUAGAAUCACUUCCCGUUCCAGAAACUAAUGAGUGCAGUGGCUCUGGUGGCGGGAUCAAUUCAGGCAAUUUCACUUUUCCAUACGCAGAACUUAAUCCAGGAGAUUCACCACUGAAUUUCAACGCCUUGCAAUGCGGACAAACGACUGACAUUUCUCCAAUAGUUACUGACAUGUCUGCACCGUAAUAGAUUUCGGGAUCGUAAUGGAAUGCCGCUCGUUCCAGGUUCACAGGAGCACCGCGUCGGCGCAAUCGGUCAUGUUCAUUUUGUCGUGCUCGCUGGCGUUGUGUUUUAUGUGCACGAAUUCGUUGCAUUCUGAAUCUAUUCGCUUGUCGUUGAUUUUCAGUCGCUCUCGAACGUAAUUCGGACAUGCAAAUACGACUAUUUUCAUUAUCCGUCUCUUGCUUGUCAUCUGUAUGGUUUGCACGUGAAGUAGCUCGCUGCGCAUUUGACCGACUUCGACGACCUAUGUCAGCUUGUCCUUUCCUUGGCAUUGUAAUGAACCCUGUAAAACGACACGGAAUUGUUUUCACAGUCACUCAAAUCUGUCGAUCUUAACUUGAGAUCUUUUCAAUAUUGACAUUCUCAAAAUAAUUUCUCGAGUCUCGCCAAAACACAUUUGAAUGAAUUAGUGAUUAUGUCUAAGCGUGCAAAUUCAACUAACCUUAAUAAUCAAAAAAACCUUAUUAACCUUAUUAACCAAAUAAAUAAAACCUUAACAACCAAAUUAAACCUUACUAAUCAAGAAAUCUUAAAAAAAACAAUAAAACCUUACUAAACAAAAAGCCUUGAUAUAAUGACUGAUCAAAAUGAAUGUUCGCAAAAUGUAAUUAAAUUCGCUUUAACCAAAUCUAUUCUCAAAAUCCGCUACUUUUUUUUUUAGAAAAACCUUUUUUUAAAUGUAAUAUAUUCCACACAACUGCAUGAAAUGAAUUACAGUUAGGUAUGCAUGGAGCAGCGAACUUACCUUGAAAACAUCACAAUAUCCUUAAACAAAUUCCUCGAAUCUCGUUAAAACACAUUUGAAUGCAUUUGUGGUUAUGUCUAAGCCUGCAAAGUUAAUUUGCCUUAAUAGCAUGGCUGAUCAAAAUGUAUGUUUUCAAAUUUUAUUUAAAUUUGCUUUAACCAAAUAUAUUCUUAAAAUCCACUACCAUUUUUACGAAGAAAAAAGAAAGAUUUGAAAUGUAAUAGAUUUCACACAACCGCACGGAAUGAAUAGCAGAUAUUUUUACACUAUUUCCACAAAUAGUUACCAAUGAAAUAUUCACAAUUUAUAUCAAACUUCGCUAAGCGGACGGGUCUCGCCAAGGAGAAUAAUAAGUUGAUAAAUCUAUGGCGGCCAAGGAGAAAUGACACAAACACGCCAAAAAUCAACCAGCGGCUAGUUUGGUUUUCUAUUAAAGUGUUAAUUAAUAUAUUUUAUACAAUUACUUAUUUCUGAAUAAAAUGUACCCUAUGUCCUUUUCUGUACCCCUGACAAGGUGUAAGCAAAAUUUCAUGAUGAUCGGUUCUGUAGUUAAGGCGCGAAAGUGUAACAAAAAAAAUUUUUCCCUAAUUUUGUUCCCCCCUAAACCACCCCUGUAUUAAGGCGAACAAAACAAAACAAAAAUUAUUAAAAUCGGUCCAGCCGUUUUCGAGUUUUAGCCAGACUAACGCACGGUGAUUCAUUUUUAUAUAUAAGAUAUUAACAACCCCAUUAAUUCCCACACUAACCAACAAAAAACCAAAGUAGAAAACUGCUUUUUUAAAUACCGUUGGUUUCGUUUCGUCUGUAUUAUUUUUUUUUUCCACCUAUCCCACUACUUUUUUAAACUAAAAAACUGCAUAAAAUGUGCGUCCCAUCCAUAUGCGGGUAAAUACAAUAUGUAUUUAAUUUUAUGAGUUCAUACGAAGGCAAACUGUGCAACUAUCAUAUCAAUGAAUUUAUUUUAGAAUUACAUAGUAGAAUGUUUAAACACAUUAAAAUUUUUAUUAAAACUGAAAUAUAUUUUGUUCAUAAGAUUUAAUUAUUGUAGAGGCUUUUCGUGUGCAGUUUUAAAACCAUUUUUUUUUUUAAAGCCCUUAUUUUGUAAAAUACUUUUUGCAAAUAUUUUUUCUUUGAACUGUACAAUGUAUUGACUAUUUCUGUAAAUUUAGGUCUCCAUAAUGAAAAUAUCUAUCCCACAAAAUCAACCCCAUUGAAUUCUGUCCAAUUGUUCAUGUUCUAUUAUUAUUUUUACAUUCUAAUUAUUCAUGCACAAUACGACCUUUACUACCCUCUUAAAAUUUUUAAUGAUUAGAGAUGAUAGGAAAUAGCAUUUACAAAUGUACUUCAUAGCAUUUAUUUUAAGUCCAGUAGCAUUUAUAGGCAUUUAUAAAUUUUUCAUGUUUUUAAAGAUGCAUCACCGUUUUUAUAUUUUUCUCAGAUUUUUUUUGAGAGAGAAACUGCUUUGGACGCGAUGGGAGUAAAAUUUCAAGGCAGAAUUUUAGUGCAACAUUUUCAUGAAACAAGGCUGUGAAACGCUUUCUGAUGCUGAAAGGUUGCGGACGGUGCAGAGCAUUCCUGGCCUUAGUUUCCUUGGGUGGGCACCACGCUGAACCCCGCCGUGCUGCAGGGAUAGGCGGGUCAUGGCGGUAGGGAUGCCACCCAACUGUAGGGAGUAUUUGGGCAGAGGGCAACACAAUGGGGUUUGAGCUUAUUGUUGUGCACCGCGCCACGGGCCAUAUUCACAAGAAAAUCGUGUUCUUUCAAGUAAGUAUUAUUGUAAUUACUUGUGUAAAUUAGUAUUGUUAAACCAUGUUAUACAAGUAUGGUUUUAACUGUGCAACUAAAUUUUUUUUGCUGGUACAAUGCUUUUGAUGGUUCUUAUGACAGGGUAAUUAUAAGUCAUAAAUUAUUAUUUGAUUCACUAAAUCAAACACUGUAUUAUAAUUAUGAGCCCACGAGCGGAAGUCCAACUAAGAAUGUGCUAGUUAAAAAAAAAAUAAGUUUACACAAAUCCCAUACUUGGAAUAUUAAUUGUUUUUAUUUUUACUUUGUGGCAAUUGGGUUAUAACCUUAUAACACUUAUUACGUAAAGAAUUAACGUUGAGUUUACGUGUCGCGGAACAAUGCACAUAUUGUCAUUGUUUAUUUAUUCGACGGCGGAACAUUAUGAAUGCCUAUUAAUGCAUUGCAGUACAUCUAUGUAGCCUAUUGGUAGAAUCUGUUGCACUAUAACUCAAUGAUAAGGAGAUAUUUGCAGAACUACAAAAUCAGUAUAGAAAAAAGCUUGAUCACAUGUAACGUAUACAUAAUAUAAAAUUAAAUUAAAAACUAAUUUAUUAUAAUCAAUUCUAACUUUGAUAUUUACUAUACAAAUUUUCGUAAUGGUGUAUUUCAAUAGUGAGUAAUAUUUGUUAUUGAUUAAUCAAUAUUGAUUGAUGUCCUGAGCUGUAAUAAUUUUGUUGAUUCAUGUUUAUUUAUUUCUAUUUUUAUUUAAAUGUCUAAUAAGUACAUAAAAAUUAGAUUAUUUAAAUACCUACUUGAAAAGGAAAUGAAAGCCAAAAAACAGCAGUUAUAUUUAAGUGAGUAGUAAUUUUGUUAAUUCAUUUUUAUUUAGAUAAUUGUCUUUGUUCUAUCUCUCUCUUUCUCUCUGCUAUUUUACCCGUUAAGAUAUACUUACGAGUCGAGGUUUGAAUUGCCAAAGAAGUAUCACUUUUGUCACGUGCAUUGAGUUAAAUACACACUUUUUUUUUUAGUUAAUGUGAAAUAUUUUACAUUAUUUUUAAUGUAUCCAACAUAACUCUUAAAAAAUAUUAUGUGUCUUAAUCGAAAUAUCUUUGGAUGGGUACCAGCUGAUUUUUUUGAGCCCAUUAUGUUAAACAUUAACCUUUUAUCAUGUUAAUUUUACUACAGGUAAGGAAGAAAAUGAGUCCUUAUGGGUGAGUUUGACAUAGGGGAAAAUUUUAUUGCUAGGUGCACGGUUGUGGUACAUUUGGUACAUGAAAACCUAAAUUCUAUUACUGAAUAGUGUUAAGUAUGUUGUCAAUAUUUAAUUUUAAACAUAAAGGAUUUAAUGAUAAAAUUUAAAUUGUUGUUGUCUCCAUUGUUUUAAAGCUGACUAAUGUACUCUGAAUCACCUUUUAGUGUCUAAAUUGACCAACUGCUUGGCCAAGAGGGCCCUAAAUAAUUCUGAUAAUUAAGCCUAACCAACUAUUCAUUUUAGUUGCAAGUAAUAAGAUACUUUAGUGCAGGUAAUAAAAUACUUUUAGUGCAAUUCUGCCCUUACAGUUAAUCGCACUUAUUUGUUAGAACAGAAAAACAAAAUUUAUUUUUUUUCUCAAUAAGUGGUGACUAAACUAUUACUGAUGUGAAUUGAGUUUGAAUUCAGCCUUGAUACAUGGGCUCUAAUUAAUCUUAAACAGACAAAACCUAAAUCAUUAAAUUGGUAUUGUUAUGGCAAGUAAUUGUGUGGAGUGUGCCACCAGUAACCUCAGUAACAUGGGAGUGAGGGGGAAGUGGUGAAUGCGUGAUAUGAUAACAAAAUUAAUAUGAGUGGUGAUUGGGAAAGGGAAUGUCUUUGAAUAUUUUGGGAUCUCUUACUUGUAACAUAUUUUUGGACCUAUAUCAUUACUGGUUACACUGUGUGUCAUAAAAAAGCAAGACAAUAAUGGAUAAAAAAAAAAAAAAAUAUGUAUAUGUAAACACACGGAAAACAAGUGAUAAUCAGCCGAUGUCAAAAGAUAAAUCAUAGACAGCAUAUAAAAUUUGGUGGAAGGAAUUAGUCAGGUUUCUAGCUGUUUGUAGCUCCACCACUCGCCAGGCUCAAGGAGGCAAGACGGGACAAGAGGUCCUUUUCAUUGGUCAUGAAGAAGUUAACCCCUAAAUUAGUGAUGGGCAGAUGCUAAAAAAACAAUCCUUAUUAAUAAUAAUUUACCUAUGUGAUACGCCUUAAACGAUAACCAAUAUUUUUAUGGUUUUAAAAAAUAUUUUGUCAGUAAAUGCAUUGAAUAAACUAAUGCUAGCAAAUUUCUUGUAACUAAUUUGUUAAGCUUAAAGACUAUUGUGAACGUUAUUUUUUUACAUUAAUAUUUUUUCCGUUAAUAGCUCUCUAACUAAAAAUUUAAUUGGACUGCUUAGAUUUCUGGUAUUAUUUCUCACCAUACAUUUAUGGAAAAACUGGACAUGAAUGGUGCAUGUAUUGCUAGUUUACAAUUCAUUGUAACGCUAUGUUUAGUAUACUUAGAUCACCAUGAUGCUCAAUUACUUAUUGUUACAAAUAAAAAAGUCAUAAGCUCAAUACAUGAGUUAAAACCUCCUACAUAUGCCAUUUGUAAACAUAAUGACAAAAAAGGUUUUCUUACACAGCAAGAACGUGUCCUCGACAUUUAUCAGGAAUUGUGUGUCUCAAAUAGAGAGCUUUUUAAAUAACAAUAUUUCUUGAUUGGUCUUCUUUCUAUUCUAUCACUGAACAUUUGAGUUGUAAUCAUGCAAUGUACUAGUGUACUUUUAAAUUUACCAUUUAGCAGCAUAUUUACACCCCAUUUCCAUCUUUUGGAUUUAUUAACAAAUAUGCACUCAUAUUUUCUUGAAAUAAAUUUUGUAAUUUCUCGAUUGUUACAGCCCAAUAGCAUGACAAACUUUAAUCCAGUAUUUAAUCCAGUAUAUUAAAAAAAAAAAUUCUGACUCGUCCCUAACCUCACACAAUCUUUGAUCCUGAGUUAAAACUUGUUUUCAUGAUUUCUGCUGUUUGGUUUAUUGCAUUAAUUAGAUUUUUUUGGUUAUACAUUAGGCCUGUACAAAUAUUAAAAUGUUCGAUUACAAAUGCCAGUAGUUCAUUGUUCGUAUUCAAUGCAACCUUGAAUACUAACACUUCUAAAUAAUGAAUAUUUGUUUUAUAACGAAUAUUGGACAUAUCAUACCUCGUGAGUUUGUUGUAUACCAACAUUCAUUGUUGAGGUAUAUUUAUUUGUACCAUAUAAAUGCCUUUGUUCACUACUGUUUCAUUAAACAGUAAUGGAAAUAUUCCUUGAAAGAUUUAAAACAUGACAUAUCUAUGACAUUUAAAAUUGAAAACAAAAUAUUAUUUGAUUUAGUUUCAUCACACAUACCAGUAGUGGGAAAAAAUAAAUUAACGUCAACCAUGGACAAUAAUACAACAAAACACGGACACUUCAUUGCGAUAGUCAUUAAAAGAAGUGAACGCCAUUGUUUCAACGAUGUAUAAAUCAAUAUUCACAAUCAAUCUAACACCGUGUGGCACAGUACAGCUUACUUGCUGUAUGAAUCUAUGACAAAAUAGACGCAGUCAAUAACAAAACAAAAAGGAAAUAAUUUUUAUGGAUAUCAGAUGAAAUUAGCAGAAAUUGUUUGUAUAAUAUUGUGGAACUAAAAUAUGAAAUAUAGUUUACCUGUCGUUUACAAUGAAAACAUGUGAAUAACUAGUAUUUAAAUAUUUAAAUAUGAGCUCAUUUUAUCAUUAAAUUUGGAACACAAUGUAAAAUAAAAUGUUUCGUUGGGGGAGGGUUGUGUUUGUGUUUUUUUUUAAUUACCAAAUUUUUCAGUAUUUUGUGUUUCACAAAAAAUUUCUCUAUCAAUAUGUAGAGUAUCAGGCAUAGGCGUACCCAGGGGGGGGGUUUUGGGGGUUGAAACUCUCCCCCCCCCCCCCCCCCCGAAAAGUCUUGGCGACCAUUCCCGUCUCAACUGCAACUCUGGAGAGGACAUUUUCUUGCUUAAGAAGAUUAAAAUCCUAUCUGCGGAACACCAUAUCUCAGGACAGACUGAAUGGAUUGGCCUUACUGAAUGUCCACUACAACAUCCACAUCGACCCGGAGAAUGUGGUUACGGAAUUUGCCAAAAAAAAAAAAAAAAAUAAAUAAUAAUAAUAAUAAUAAUAAUAAUAAUAAUAGAAGAAUUCUUCUGUAAAACGUUUGGAGGCUUAAAAAAGUUUAUUAUAAACAAUUAUUUUUUGGUGUUUAUGGAGUUUUCUUAAAAAAAUAGAAGCCCCCUUCCCCAACCCCCCCCCCCCCCUCCCGCCCGAGAAAUAUCUGGAAGAACCCCCCCCUCCCGAAAAAAAAUCCUGGGUACGCCUAUGGUAUCAGGGUCUGUAAAAUUAAGUAAAUAGGAACUGAAAUGAUAUUGGUUGGGUAUGUUAAAUUAGGUUAGCUGCAUAAUGAAAAAGACUGUAUUUUUCUUUGAAUUUUUAAAUAUUUUAACAAAACCAAUCUUCCACGUGAGUAUUAUUCGUCUGUGCACAUUAAUUUUUCUCUCUCUGGGUAUUUGUUACAUGAUGUGAAAAAAAAAAAUUCUGUGGAUUCUAAUUCUUGUUCUUACUAUUCCAAUUUAAUAUUAAUAUUCCUGAAUAAUUUAGUAUUUUUAUUUGUAUUUCAUUAAAACUAAAACUAAAAUUAAAAUUUAAUUCAAUUAUUAUUUGAAUGUUCUUUAAAUAUUUUUAGACGUAUAAUUAAUAUAAUAAUUAAUUUUAACAGGAGCAAUGUCUUGGUAGUCAACAAAUACACCUUCAUAAUUGAGAAACAAAUUAUUCUGAUUAACACACCUAUUUUUAUUAAUACUCAUAGAAAUUUCAUAGUCAUUGUGAAACCAUUUUGCGACCACAAAAACAAUUAUGUACAUGUGGAAUAAACAAACACGUUGCACAUAACCUCUUCACUGAUUUCUGAACCAACAAGUUUACUAUUCGCAAGUACCGAAGGAUGAAUAUUUAAGUAUAGUUCAUGAUUAUGUCCUGUGGUUAUACACUAACUCAUGGUACGAAGCCAAAGGACUACGUCCUCAGAACAAUGGGACUACAGUAGAGCACCCUGUAUCCGGAAUGGUCGGGACUUAGACUAUUCCGGAUAGUAGAAAAUUCCGGAAAGUAGAAAUUGACUAUAAGGCCCCCUAAU